CUGACUCUCGUCGCUCUACGAACCGGAGGAAAAUCCCAAUUGUCCAACCAUGGUGUCCAGAACCCUUCCAAGAUUUGCCGGAUACGUUUUCCGCGAGAACCGUGUCCCAUACUACCAGCGCCUCUUCCAGAGGGAGGAUGGCAAGCGCCAAUGGUGGAAGACCCACAGAAGUCCAUAUAUCCUCUAUCCGUACUACUUCUCGCUGAUCUUCACCUCUGGUGCUGCCUUCUACGGCAUGACUAGAAUGGUCUUUAACCGCAAGACCUGGUUCUAAACAAGCUAUAGCACCUGGCAAAGGAUGCCGAUCUGGAUUCCUUCUGGCUGUGCUAUGAGAUAGACUGUGCAAAAUGUGUAUAUAAUACAUCAAAGGAAAAAACCUACCAAUGUUAA